AUAGAAUACCAUUUGUAGAUUAAAUCAAACCAACCAUAAAUAAAUAAUCCUUUCCUCUCUUCUCUUCUUCAUUUUCUUUCAUAAAUUUUAUACCUUAAUAUUUAUAUAUGGCUUCCUCUUCAGCACUAAUCGGCAACAAUACCAUCCAAGAGGAAAUUGUUGGUGGAAAAUUUAUACCAAGUGAAGAGUUUGUUCUCCAAAAACAUGCUGCAUUCUUCGAUCGGAACCAUGAUGGAGUUAUUUAUCCUUGGGAGACUUUCCAGGGAUGUCGAGCAAUUGGGUGUGGUAUUGCUUUGUCAACAGUAGCUGCAAUCUUCAUCAAUGUUGGUCUCAGUUCUUCAACUCGACCUGGAAAAUUUCUUAAUCCACUUUUUCCCAUUGAGAUAAAAAACAUACACCUGGGUAAACAUGGAAGUGACUCUGGUACCUACGACACUCAGGGAAGGUUUGUUCCUGAGAAGUUUGAAGAGAUUUUCACAAAACAUGCAAAAACACACCCAGACGCAUUGACAUCAAAAGAACUGGAUAACUUGUUAAAGGGUAAUAGGGUCCCCAAAAAUUAUCCUGGAUGGAUUGGUGCCUUAUCAGAAUGGAAGUUACUAUAUUUGUUAGGAAAGGAUAGGAAUGGUUUGCUUCACAAGGAUAAAGUUAGAGGUGUUUAUGACGGAAGCUUGUUUGAGCAGAUGGAGAAGGAACACUCAGAUUCCAAGACGAAGAAACUAUAAUAAAAUGUGCGUAGCUUCUGGUUUUGGUGGUGGUGCAUGAUGUGUAUUUGUGUAAUAAUAAUGGCGUUGACAUAUAAAGAGUGUUCGUUUGCGUGUGGGCUCAUGAUGUUGUUAAGUGAUCGAUUCAUGUGUUUGUUUGGUUAACUCAUACUAA